AUGUCUCGCAAUAUCAAGCGCAAGUUUGCGGCCCCGGUCAAGGUCAAGACCGCCAACCGUCGCCGCCGGGUGUCUGACACUCCCUCCACCUCCUCGUUAGAUCUUUCCGACGAUGGCGGAUACUCUGCGGUAGAAGACAUCAGCGACUCGUCUGACGACGAUGAAGAUGAUGUAGCUGCGGCCGAGGAGGAGAACAUUUUCGAGGAGGCCCUUCCCCCGACCCCUCAGCCAGCUCCUCGGCCGCAACCAACCAUUGAGGAGGAUGACGAUGACGAAGAGGAGGAAAAUGACGAAGACGAAGAUGAACAAGAAGGCUUGGAUAUCGACGAAGACGACGAUGCUGGCAGCUGGGGAGGCAUCGUCUCAGAUGUUGAGGACCAACCCGAUGUCUACCAAGAUGCAAACAUCUUUGGCACGGAUAACCCUGUUGAGCGUCAUGUCCACUUCGACGUACCCUCAAGCGAUUCCGACGACACCGAUACCGACGAUGAGAUCGGGGGUUUCUUUCCCGACAUCUUUGUUGCUCAAAAUACACUGGACCCUUCAUUCCGCCGAGAGAUCGAGAACGACCCCGAUGAGUCUUCUGGCUCUGGAUCCUUCUGGGACUUCAACAACCAAUACGAAGAACAAGAGCAGGAGUCAGAUGCUGAGGAAAUCUUCCGCCACAUUGACGAGACCCCCCUUGCCACUCCAAUGGCUUCCCAGCCCGCCACUGCUGUUACUACUCCCGUACCCUUCUUUGAGGAGCCAACCGAGUUGGACGGUUACGAGACCGAUGGAGACACUACCGAAGAGGACGAGCCCGAGCCUCCAGUCCGAAGAAAGACUCGACGUCCUUCCCACCCUAUGAGCGACAUCUCCGACUCAGAAGCCGAUAGCCCUGUCAAGGCGGAGCGUGGCCAGCCCCGAUUGGGACGUUACAACUUGGACCGCUCAGACAAGAAGCCUAUUGCUGUCCUCAACCCCGUCACUGGGAAGAUGAUGAUCUUUACUCCUCAUCGCCGACACCAACUGGAUCUCUCGCCCGAACAGUUCAACUUCCCCUGGACAACGGAGGGACCUGAGUCGCCUAUUAUGAGCCAUUCCGCCAACCUCAUGCUAAGCGCUAUGUUCUCUGCCAACUCUUUCGGCGACUUCUUCAAUACGGCUCAGGUCAUGGGUCCUGCUGAGGCCUUUUUCCCUUUCCCCUCAGAACCCAACACCGCCGACGAAAGCUCGACUGCGCCUAGUUUGCAGGACGAGGAGGAAGAAGACGAGGAACUUAACCUGGACCUCAACGACUUUAUCGCCUGGGAGGAGAACGACUCUUCUGGCGAAGAGGAGGGUGGUGACAACUGGGAUCCCGCCUCAACUCCAGCUAGACCCACUACUGCCAACAGCGAGAAGGAGGUCCUCGGUCAUCUCAGACCUGAGAACGUCGGAGCAUUCCGUCGUAACCAAAUUAACCAACAGCUCAUCCUGAGCAACCAGGCCACUCAGGACUCGCUAGCUUUCAGCGGUCCGUACAACUAUACUGCACUUAAGGGUCUCAAAUCGGACCGUUUUGACACUGCUGCUAUUCCCCUGACACCCGCUCGCCGUCACAAGAGACAAAUGAGCGAUGCCACACGCAGCCCCCUUGAGCAAGUGUCUGCUAAACGCAAGGCACCCACCGAGGCUGGCGACAGUCACAAGAGGCACAGAAGCAUAUCUGAUGUGAACUAUCUACAAAUCUGA